AUGGCUUUGCUUCAGUACCACGCUCCAGUUGACUAUGCGGCGCAAUUGGACGCCUUCAAGGAUUUCCUCACGCACUUCAAAACAUUCGAAUCAGCUUCUGCAUCCGCUGCGACCGAAGCUAUUGAAGACUUACACAUUGAUGGAGACCGUACCAGCGAUGAAUAUGACUUUAUGGAUGAUGCAGAAGAUGAGAAUGGAGCCCAGAGAGAAGGAUCAAGCCGCCGACGUCGCGAACCAAAACUGAAAUAUAUGCAGAUGCUCCAGGAUGUGGCAGAUCGCGAGCGCACAAAUAUCCUCAUCGAGCUUGAUGACUUAGCUACUUUCGAGAAGUCGCUCCCGGAGGACUCAGACCUUAAGCUUGUUGAGUCUGUGCAGAAGAACACCAACCGCUAUGUUGAUGUUCUCUCACAGGCUGCCGAUGCUGUCAUGCCCAAGGAAACUAAGGAGAUCACAUUCAAGGAUGAUGUACUGGAUGUUAUCAUGUCACAGCGUGAAAAACGGAACGAGGCCAUGACAAUGGCCAUGGAAGCCGACACGGACGCAGCGGCAGCGCCCUCAAUCUUUCCCCCUGAAUUAACCCGUCGAUACACCCUGAACUUCAAGCCAAUUACUCCUUCCGGAUCAAGCAGUGAGCGUGAAUCCAAAGCCCUUGCGGUUCGAAAUGUACGAGCAGAGCAUCUCGGUGGCUUGAUCACUGUCCGCGGCAUAACUACUCGUGUCUCGGAUGUCAAGCCAGCCGUCCAAAUCAAUGCCUACACUUGUGAUCGCUGUGGAUCUGAGGUCUUCCAACCAAUCACUACAAAAUCAUACCUUCCUAUGACAGAGUGCAUGUCAGAAGAGUGUAAGCAGAACAACUCCAAGGGACAGCUGUUCUUGUCUACUCGUGCUUCGAAGUUCGUUCCUUUCCAGGAAGUGAAGAUUCAGGAGAUGGCAGAUCAGGUCCCUGUCGGCCAUAUUCCCCGCACAAUGACUGUUCACUGCCAUGGCAGCCUGACACGACAAUUGAACCCUGGGGAUGUGGUUGAUAUUGCAGGAAUCUUCCUGCCCACCCCAUACACGGGAUUCAGAGCUAUCCGUGCUGGAUUGCUGACCGACACCUACAUGGAGGCUCAGAAUAUUACGCAACAUAAGAAGUCCUACAACGAACUCGCGAUGGAUAGCCGGACUCUCCGCAAGAUCGAACAACACCAAAAGUCUGGAAAUAUGUAUGAGUACCUGGCACGCUCGAUUGCCCCUGAGAUCUACGGCCACCUUGACGUGAAGAAGGCCUUGCUUCUUUUACUCAUCGGAGGUGUCACGAAAGAGAUGGGUGACGGAAUGCACAUUCGUGGUGAUAUCAACAUUUGCUUGAUGGGUGAUCCUGGUGUUGCCAAGUCUCAGUUGCUGAAGUAUAUUGCUAAGGUCGCUCCUCGAGGCGUGUACACCACUGGCCGAGGAAGCAGCGGCGUCGGUCUCACAGCCGCUGUGAUGAGAGAUCCUGUGACGGAUGAGAUGGUGCUGGAGGGAGGUGCAUUGGUCCUGGCGGACAAUGGCAUUUGCUGCAUUGAUGAAUUUGAUAAGAUGGAUGACUCUGACAGAACUGCUAUCCACGAAGUAAUGGAGCAACAGACGAUUUCGAUCUCGAAGGCAGGAAUCACAACCACUCUCAAUGCUCGCACGUCUAUCUUGGCGGCUGCUAACCCGCUUUACGGACGGUAUAACCCACGCAUUUCUCCGGUCGAAAAUAUCAACCUUCCUGCCGCCUUGCUUUCACGUUUUGAUGUCAUGUUUCUCAUUCUCGACACUCCUUCACGCGACGCUGAUGAAGAACUGGCACACCACGUCACUUAUGUCCAUAUGCAUAACAAGCACCCCGAAAAUGAAGAUGCGGGUGUCAUGUUUACGCCUAGUGAGGUUCGCCAGUACAUUGCGAAGGCACGUACCUACCGGCCCGUCGUUCCUGCAUCCGUCUCGGACUACAUGGUUGGUGCAUAUGUAAGGAUGAGGAAGCAGCAGAAGCUGGAUGAGAGCGAGAAGAAGCAGUUCUCUCAUGUCACUCCACGUACUUUGCUGGGCGUUGUUCGUCUUUCACAGGCCCUCGCUCGUCUUCGCUUUAGCGAGGAGGUUGUUCCGGAGGAUGUGGAUGAGGCACUCCGUCUUGUUGAGGUUAGCAAGGCGUCUCUGUCUAACGAUGGCCAGGGAACUGCGGACCAAACUCCCAGCAGCAAGAUUUACCACCUCAUUCGCUCCAUGUGGGAGAGCGGUGCGGCAGCCGUGGGCGAAGACGGCGAGCUCAAUAUGCGGAGGAUCAGAGAACGUGUCCUUGCUAAGGGCUUCACUGAAGAUCAACUCAAGACGACCAUCGAUGAGUAUGACCAGCUAGGAAUCUGGCAAAUUAAUGGCAAUGGCACACGUCUGAUGUUUGUUGGCGGUGAUGCGGAAAUGGAUAUGUAA